AUGACCCCGAGAAGUAAGAAUGCUCAUGGGAUGUGGUGGGAGCUACAAAGGUCUCACGGCGCCCAUGUACGUGGCCGACCCAACGCAGGCGCCGAAGGCACCGCAAAGGCCGCCGGCAACGACGACACAGCAACCAGCAGCCAGGUAGCGGACGACGGCAACCUCGGCGACGGCAGUGGUGUGGGCAACACCCUGUGGGAGCAGAUGACCGCCCGCGAAGGGAAAGACGCCGCUCGCCUUGCGGGCAUGAGAGCGGGAGACUGGCAGGCGGAGAGGCAGCUGCAAGAGGCCCUCCGAGAGAGCCGACAGGACGGUGGCCCUGUCGGUGUCGCGUCCAGCCUAGAAGGUAGCGGUAGGGAGGAUGACGAGGCAAGCUUCGUUGACACCGGCUUCCACGCCCUCGCGACGAACGCGGUGGAGGGAGAGGAGGGAGAGGGCGAAGCCGCUGCUGCCGCGGAUAACGAGGCGGCGUCCUCGCUUGGACAGCAGCCUAUCGGCGGAUCGAGCGCUGCCGCCGCGGGUGCGACAGCCGGAGACGGCUCUACCACUGCCCAGGAAGAGGAGGACCGUGAGGUAGAAGAGGAGGAAGACUACGGCGACGUCGAGCUCGUAGUCACUCAGGACGGGGGGAUCAUACCGGUUGCAACGGGGGCCGUCGGUGAUGGGUCUGCCGCCACCGAUCGUGCGCAGGAAACGCCGGCGGAGGAGGAGGAGGAGGAACACGACCAUAAGCUGGCGAAGAAGGCGUACGAGGGCGGGGUAAGGGUGGGGGUCGCAAAGGAGGACGUCGGCGCCGCCGCCGCCGACAACGAACACUUGCCGAAGAUCGCAACGGCGAUGGAUGAGGAACAGGGGGAAGAGGUGACGCCGCUCCCGCCAGACAUCGUCCUGACGAUGCCGGACGACAUCCUGCACCGCACGAUGCUCUUCCUGAACCCGGAAGACAUCUUCGAGUGCCGGGCCGUGAGCUCUCGGUGGAGCUUCCCGGGACACGAGAACGUGUACGAGGGGCUGUGCCGAAGGACUUACCUGGCGCAGUCCGCCAAGAAGAUGCUGAACGUCAAGCGCUGGCGCUCGUGGCAGCGCAUGUUCAAGUUCCGCCCGCGCCUCCGCGACACCGGCCUGUACAGCCUCAAGACGACGUACUUCAAGAAGCCUGUAAGGGACAUGAGUACCGAAUGGACCCCUGGAAAGAUUCUCAGGGUGACCUACUACCGAUACUUUAAAUUCUUCGGAGACGGGCGGGUGGCGUAUGCGUUGACCCACGAGCCUCCCAAAGAUUUCGUCCGCAUGCUGCAGGAUGCGCUUGCAUUCCCGCCGCCCGGCCAGUGAGGGCCCACACACACCGAACAUACCUUCGGGGAAACCACCAGAAAGGAGAAUUUCUGUGGCAUCCCAACUCUUUUUUCUCUCUCUCUCUCUCGGCCGAACCGACGGUUCUGUUCCUGUUCACGCUGCGAUUUUCUCGGCGAAACGAACGCACACGAGCAGGAAGGGUCUCCGAAGGUGGUGUUCGGCACCUACACCAUAAGCAAGUGGGAAGUCAACGUGGAGAUCCCCAACCCCUGGUCCUGGGUGAGCUUCACGCUGCAGCUGGCCAACGGGGAGAGGGGACGGUUCACCCACCUGGUGAUGCUCCGCCACAGCUCCGUCUCGCGGAACGACGCCCGGGCCGGCCGCUGCCACCACUCGGUGAAGAGCACCGACUUCUUCACGUUUCGACGAGUCUGGCAGUUUUGAACGGGGGCUUGCGGAAAUCAAACAUCAAGCAGCACCGUGGGUUCGUCACGUUCGCAUGGCCAGGGGGCGCGGGGGGGGGUAGCUCCUAGGGUGUGAGCCCUCUCUCCAGCGUCCCCAAGGGAAGAGACGGGGAAGAGACGUCGCUGUUGUCGUUGUGGUGGCGUGCGGUGUGUCGUGCUGCUAAUGCGGUACGACUAUGUACGUGCUGGGUCAGGGCUGGGGGCACAUCGUGUGCUACCGACAACACUAGCGCGCUUUCCCAAGACCACUCUAGCUACGUAGAACCCGCGCGCCCUAAGCACUGCUGGGUGUGUUUGAUCGACAAAGGACCCGCCUUGAGAGCAGACUCUGCGCGAGCAAUAUUGGAAUUUGUCGAAGGUAAACAUUCUUUCCUUUGUUAUUUUCUUCGGAGACUCGGCAAGAAGAACCGCUCGUCGGUGUCGACGUCGGGCCGACGUGUAUAGUGUAUUUUCUGGGUAGUACAAUAGUUGUCGGAUUUUGUUGAGAGGCGGGUUAGGGUGUGUCCCGCAUCGGCGUCGUGGAACCGUGAACAACGAUUCUUGAAUCCGGCUUCUCUGGCUCUCUAUUUAGUGCCUAGAGAGACUUUGCGCCCCUCUAUUUAGAGCCGGUUCCUAGCUGUUGUUGUGUACUUCGAAGCAUGUGUUUUUUUCUUGAGGAUUGGUGCUGUGAGGAGGAACUGCAAUAGGCUUGAUCGCUGACGACGUGUCGUGGGUCCGGUUCU